GGCACAUAUAGGGCGGCGGCGGGCGGUGCGCUGCAGCCAUGCGGCCCCCGCUCCGCGCCGCGCCCGCGCUGGCGCUCUGCGCCCUGGCGCUGCUCCGCCUGGGCUGCGCGUCCCGCGCACCGCCCCGCGCACCGCCCCGCGCAACCCCCGGCGCAACCCCCGGUGCAACCCCCGGUGCAGCGCCCCGCGCCCCGCCGCGCUGCCCGCCGCUCAUGCUGCAGCUGCUCCGCGCCCCGCCGGCCCCGCUCCGCGCCGCCGCCGCCGCCGCGCUCAGCAUCGCCCCGCACGGUUCCCUCCGGAACGGCUCUCGCUGGGCUUUCUCUUUCGACAUGAGCUCCAUCUCCAGCAGCCAGGAGGUGAAUCUGGCCGAGCUCCGAGUCCACCUGCCUGAUCUCGCGCAGUCCCACAACGUCACCCUGGACAUCUACCACAGCCCGAAGCACAAGUGCCUGCAGAGCAGGACCUGCGUGCACACGCUCUUCCUGGGCACCUUUGCCGGCAGCCCCUCUUUCACCCAGGCCUCCUGGAAGGUGUUCAACGUCACCAGCAUGCUCAGGUCCUGGCUUCACCAAGACGUGGCUUCUGGCCACAGCAGUCCCGUGGGGACGGAGCGUGCCGUGGCACAGGAGGGAUGGGAGACGAGCGGGCUGGCCAGCCCGGCCACUGCAGCAACGAGCAUGCAGAACUCAGGUGACUCCAGCCGCGGGGAGCUGGCGAUGUCCCAAGACAUGAGCGACAGAGCCCUGCUGCUUGUCUUCUCCAAGGACAAGUCCCCAGGAGACUACUCCCUCAUCAGAGCAGUGGAGACCUCCAAGCACGUCAUGCGUGACAGCGGCUCCAAGGACUUGGGGAACCGGCGGCAUCGUAGAAACAGGAAGGAGAAGCAGAGGAUUAAAGUGAGCGAUGCCCCUGCUCCCGGCUCAGGGGAGGAAGGCAAGACCUUGUGCAAGAGAGUGGACAUGAUGGUGGAUUUCGAGCAGACCGGCUGGGGCAGCUGGAUUGUCUACCCCAAAAAGUACAACGCCUACCGGUGUGAAGGGCAGUGUCCGUCGCCUGUGGAUGAGACCUUCAAGCCCACCAACCACGCUUACAUACAGAGCUUGCUGAAGCUCUACAAGCCCAACCACGUGCCCUGCCCUGCCUGCUCCCCGGUCAAGAUGAGCCCCCUCUCCAUGCUGUACUACGAGAAGGGUGAAAUCGUCAUCCGCCACCAUGAAGACAUGAUCAUCGAAGAGUGCGGCUGCAACUGA